AUGUGGACUGUUUGUGGUCCUCAUGGAGUUCAGAGGCUUCUUGUAUGGGAGGGUUCAAAACGAAAACACGAUCCUGCAUUGGAAUUUGUUGGUUUCUAUGUUACUUUAUUGCUUACAUCUACUCAUCAAAAGCCAAUAGAUAAUGCCGUGUUUCGGUAUUACAUUUUAAAAUUAAUGGAAACAAUCGUGUUGCUUACUUUUCCAGCAGCAAAAGCCAAGUGUCACUGUGAUGGCAAACUUGUGGAGCAGAUUGCAUGCUUCUGUCCACGUAUGCAAAUGAUAAGUUCGGAUCAGAAGGUCGGUACAACAGCAGAAUUCACAUCGUUAUCACCAUCGAUAACGUCGAGAGGUAUCGCAGUGCCUGAAGAACGAAUGACAGCUUAUCGCAGUAAUUUUAGCAUAGCUUCUUGUUCAUGGUCACACUGGGGAAUAUGGAGUGUUUGUUCUGAGACCUGCGGUGUAGGCAGGACUAUACGAAAGCGUUCCUGCCCAUGCAGGUCUUGCAGUCUUGGAGAGUCUACGGAAGUAGAACCUUGUGAGUUGAUAAGUUGUUAG